AUGUAUGAAACGAUGCAAAGGCCUCAGACUCUGAAUUACGUAUACUUCGAGACCUCUUCGACGUCACCAUUUCUGAUCAGAAGAAUUGAAGAAUUAAUUAAAACCCCUAACGGCAACGUUGAGGCCAAAGUGAUGUGCUUUUUCCGGCGCCGGGAUAUAUCGGGAUCUCUGAUCGUAUUGGCGGACAAACAUCAAAUUCGCACUGGUAGCAUUGACUGCAUUGAUGUGGUGGUAGUGUUGGUGCCAUAA